CUUAUAUUCCAACGUCCCAUGGGACCUUUCCUAUCAUUUGUACAUUUCCUCUCUUUCUCUGUCUGUCUCACGUUUUCAGUCAUUCUGGCACAUUGACACAAAAGCAUUUCCAAGUAAGGGUCUUUGAUUGGUCAUUGCAAUUGAGACAUAAAUUCUGGUGCUUGUAGCUUAACACAAUUCAUAAGAGGCUUUUUCCAAAUGCCAAAUUUUGCAAGAGGAAGAAGCCAGCCAAGGUCUACUAGAUCUAAGCCGUUUGCCGGCAUGGAAUAUCCUGACCCCAAAAGGAAGAGCAAUUUCUUAGGAAAAGUCCUUUUGGCAGCAAUCCUUACGGCCUUAUGCAUUAUGAUGCUCAAGCAAUCCCCAAGUUUCAGUGCUCCAAGUCUGUUCUCCCAACAUGAAGAAGGAAUAACUCAUGUUCUUGUAACUGGUGGUGCUGGCUAUAUUGGUUCACACGCUGCUUUACAACUUCUGAAGGAGUCAUACCGUGUAACUAUUGUGGACAAUCUUUCACGUGGAAACCUAGGUGCCAUCAAGAUUCUACAAGGAUUAUUUCCAGAACAUCGACGGCUUCAAUUCAUUUAUACUGAUCUGGGGGAUGCCAAAGCUGUAAAUAAAAUAUUUUCAGAAAAUGCAUUUGACGCUGUAAUGCACUUCGCGGCUGUUGCAUAUGUUGGGGAGAGCACACUCGAUCCUCUCAAGUAUUAUCACAACAUUACUUCAAACACCUUGGUGGUCUUAGAGUCAAUGGCUGCUCAUGGUGUUAGGACUUUGAUAUAUUCUAGUACAUGUGCCACAUAUGGGGAGCCUCAAAAGAUGCCAAUCACUGAAGAAACUCCACAGAUCCCAAUCAAUCCAUAUGGAAAAGCUAAGAAGAUGGCUGAAGAUAUCAUCCUGGAUUUCUCUAAGAAUUCAGACAUGGCAGUUAUGAUCCUAAGAUACUUCAAUGUGAUCGGUUCAGAUCCUGAAGGAAGAUUAGGUGAGGCUCCCAGACCUGAGUUGCGUGAGCAUGGACGAAUUUCAGGUGCUUGUUUUGAUGCAGCUCGUGGUAUCAUUCCUGGUCUAAAGGUCAAGGGAACAGACUAUAAAACACAUGAUGGCACUUGCAUACGUGAUUAUAUUGAUGUUACCGACCUGGUUGAUGCUCAUGUGAAAGCUCUUCAAAAGGCAACGCCCCGUAAAGUAGGAAUCUACAAUGUUGGCACUGGCAAAGGUAGAUCAGUGAAGGAGUUUGUGGAGGCAUGUAAGAAAGCCACAGGGGUUGACAUCAAAGUUGACUAUCUUCCCCGCCGACCUGGAGAUUAUGCAGAAGUGUUUAGUGAUCCAACUAAGAUAAGGCUGGAGCUGAAUUGGACAGCUCAAUUUACUGAUCUCCAGGAGAGUUUACAGAUUGCAUGGAGAUGGCAAAAGGCGCAUCGUGAUGGAUACAAUACUGCUUCUUAGUUGAUGGUUUCUUGAGUAGUUCACAGCAUAGGGAUAAUAAUAUCUCGAAUGAUCUCUAAAUUAUAUUGAAAUGUUUAAUUUGAUGCACAAAUUUUAAAAAUAUUUAAUGUAGUCUCUA